GGAACUCAGAUCUCUCGUGGAAAUUGUAACGACAAAGUCAACUGAAAAGCUCCGUGAUUGCCAAGUAGCUAUUGAAGAAAACUUGCCUAGCAGUUUCUAUGUUGAUCCUGAUCAACUCAACAAUCUUGGAGCCUAUGGAAAGGUAGUGGCCUGCGCAAAUGAGACCGUGGACGUUGAGAAGCCCCAGUUACCUCUCCACCUCUCAGGUGUAGUCUACUCGUACCACAAACCGAGGGCCGGUGGAGGUUACGAAGUGGUGAAGAUCUCCAAGCCCCGCCUCUUCUUACGGUGUCCCAGAAGGCUGGACUGUCCUAAGCAAGGCACCAUGGUGUUUCCCUGCUAUCGGUGCAGUCUGAACAAGUGUUCAUGGCUUGAGUUCUCCUUCAAAACGAACAUGGAUCCCUUAAAAGUGACAGUGCCGGUCGGUGAUUUGAAUCAUAAACUGAUCAUUCAACUUCUCACAUUCCUAGUGACAAUUGGAGGAUCUAUCUAUAUAUUUUCAACUCUAGCCAGUAAAAUACCUCAUUUAUAAUGUUAAUCAUUUUUUUAACUCUAGUCUAUUUUACAACAGGAUAACAGGAGUUAUUCAAAUUAAAAUAAUUGAAAUAAGUGUACUGUAAUGAAUUUAGGUAAUAUUAAACUAAAUAAUAUUGAACUAAAGUUUUUCAUACUGAAUUGUUCGUCUGUAUUUUAUUGAACAAAUGAUUGUUAAAGGAAUAUUGAACAAAAAUAAA